AUGGCCGCAGAGAGAUCCGGCGGUGGCCGGCGGCGCGCGGGGACGGCGGCGACGGCGGCGGAGGGUCGCUGGGGGUUGAGGGAAGGCGGCGCGGCCGAUCUAGGGCUGCUUUACCUAGCGGGCCCUGAGCUCAAGUCCGCUCGGUCUGGGUUGACCCGAGUUGGCCGUGGCUUGCUCGGACGGCUCCGGCGGCGUGCGCAGGCGGCGGGGACGGCCGGUGACGGCACCGGAGGGGAAGCCUCGGCCAGAAAAUAUAGGCUCAGUCCAGGGGUGGCUUCCCGAAGUCAAGAGGCCGCGGAGGGUGGAGAAGGUGGUGAUGGAGAUGAUGGAGGAAAGGGAGGUGGAGCUUUUCCGGUGGCGGGGUUGCUCGCCGGCGGCAGGGGUGCGCGCAUGCGGCGCGGCGGAGGAAGAGGCUGCGGAGUUCGUCGCCGGCGGCUGGAGCGGAGCGACCCGGAUUGGCGCCCGGCCGACGCCGUCGACGCGUCCGGCGUCGGCCUGCUGCACUCGGCCAUUGCGCAAGGCCGGCCGGACCUCGUCCAGCUGCUGCUGGAGUUCGGCGCCGACGUCUAG